AUGUAUUUCUCAGCGAAUCGUCUGCUUGACCUGCCUCUUGAAUUGCUCAAUGUCGUUUUGUCUUUUAUUGACUCCUCUUCGCUGGCCUGUCUAAGUCGCGUCUGUCAGUCACUGCAGCAGCUCGUCGAACCGCAUCUUUACCACACCGUCUCGCUACGAAAUAAGCAGGAGGAAUCCUUCACCAGCUCCAUUAAACGUAUUCAUACUCGAGCAGAGUUUGUCCGGGAACUACGGAUACAUUACCACGAUGUCGCAGACGAAAUGGAUGCUCCGCUGCAGCUCGAUUCGAUGUCACCAACCAUCGCUCAACUACACAAUCUAGAGUCGCUACUCAUCAAAGGAGUCAAUGAUGGAGGCCCCAUGUCUUUGGGCUUAUAUAGCUACAUGGAGCAGUCGAAAAAGCUGGAAGAUCUGUUGCUGGAGGCUACAAUGUCAGAGUCCCAAGUCCUUCGGUCUUUGCGAACAUGCACCAUUAACCUGAGUGAACAGGGGAGUUGGGAGCUUGCGCAUCUUGACGCCAUCUUCCUACUUCCGGCCCUACAACGUCUCACCAUUGCCAAUGCUCGCAUGGCCUGCUUCACCUCGUUCAGUUCUGCAGAGCCACGCUCGACAGAUCUUCGAGAAUUGACACUGAUCACUUGUGACAUCCGUCCUUCUCAUCUCCGUGAUAUCCUCUCGAUGCCCAGAGCGCUUGAACACUUUACUACCAAGGGAUCGGCCUGGCGGGCCCGCAGCGUAUCGGGAGACGACCGCGCUUCGAAUCUGGAUUCCCUGCGUAUACAUGCUUCAUCGCUUGUCAGCCUAGAUCUGGACUUGUUUCUCGAUGUAGACAUACCGCCAAUAGAGCCACUGACCUUUAUCGACUUCGUGGCCCUGCGACGCCUGGCAAUUGAGUUGUGGAUCAUACGCGGGCAUAUUGAGCAGGGGAUCUUGUCACAGAAGGCGCUCCUCCCACGGGACCUGGAAGAACUGACGCUGAAGUGCGCUGUCCAACACGUUGACCUUGAGUCAUACUAUCUCAAUCCGAUUUACCAGUGGCUGCAGGAGGGGACGCUUCCCGAACUGAACAAGAUUAUUCUGGAGACAACGACCCCGAUCCCAGAUGUUCCAAAAGCAAUGUUCCGUGGUGGACAGACAGUUGGACAGGCCUUUGCCGCGGCUGGAGUAGACUUGUCCAUGGUAGAAGAAGCUCCAGGGGGAUAUGUUCCGUUCGAGUGCGAUUGCUGCUGGUACCGGUACCGGAAUCCAGGUUGGAGAUUGGCAUACGCCAAUUUCUAUUGA